AUGCAUAGAACCUCGAGAUCAGCGGACCACAGAUACUAAAACCACACUUUGUUCAUACGUCUGCGGUAUUGUUUUUAUUUGCGCGCGCUGUUUAAAAGUUGUCUGUGAUAUACUUAUUUUUGGUGUUUUUUCUUUUGUUGGUUUGGCAUUGCAUUCGUGGACUCCGGGACUAGAAAGUUCAAGAAAAGAUGGAUUUUGCGGAAUAUCAGUUUGAAAACAAGGACCAGUUUUGGGAUGAGCUCGACGAUCUCCUGUCGCGACAGGUAUAUUCCUCGAACGCGAUCGAGGCCGCGGUUGUCUCGUUCCUCCGAUUCGUCUCGACGUACAUGGAAGACUACGUCUCCAGCAACCAAGACCUUCUGAGCUGCUGCUACAAAUUCAUAGACUGUCCCGCGUUCCAGGCACACAGGAUACAAGUGCGCCGGAUCCUGAUCACGACGCUGGUGCAGAACUGCAACCAGCUGCCGACGCCGAUCGCGCUACUGAUCGGGGUGCUGCUGCUGGUUGAUGGGCGGCAGCACACGGAUACGUUUCAGAUGAUGGGCGAGGAAAACGCGUGUCCGGUUGUGAUUGAGAUGCUGUGGCGGCGGAAGGACGAGGAGGCGCGGGUGCAUUCGUUUUUCAUGGAGCUGCUGUAUGAGAUGUGCAGGGUGCAGCGGUUACAGGUCUCAGACAUCGAGAGCAUUCCGGAAGAGUUUAUCGAAUACCUGUUUGCUUGUGUUGAAGCGAACGAGGACUACGACGUCGAUCCGUACAGCUAUUCGUUCAUCCGCAUCAUCCUCGUUCUGAACGAACAAUACAUGCUCCUGAGCAACAGCGCAAAGGUCUCCUCGCAAGAACCGCUCGACAAUAAAAUCAUCAGAGUCCUGUCCGAGAAAGGAAACACAUACAAGACGUUCGGGACAAACAUCAUCAUCCUCCUCAACCGCGAAGAAGAGCCAAGUCUGCAGCUCUUGAUCCUCAAAAUGCUAUACCAGCUCUUCACACACGAAUCCACGCAAGAAUACUUUUACACCAACGACCUCACCGUCCUCGUCGACGUCUUUAUCAGGGACUUGACUGAUAUCCCCGACGACGCCGAGACCCUCCGGCACACUUUUUUGCGCGUCAUGCAUCCGCUGCUGGCAUACACGCAACUCCGCCAGACCCACUACAAGCGCGACGAGAUCGUGCAGCUCCUGCAGUCGCUCUCGGGACAGAGCCGAGUCUCGCACUACAUGGCGGUUUCGGAAACCACGAAACGACUCGUUAAGCGAUGCAUGGAAGUUCCCUGGAUCGAGCCCUACUGCCCUUCCACGAUGAUCGACCACGCCGCCUCGUUCGUCAUGAACGGUAUCGCCGCCGUCGCCCGCAAACCGUUCCAAUCCGCCACAAACAUGAUUGGCAGCAACAGCAGCCACCACCACAACCGCCAUCCACCCCCGCCCCCGCACCACAUCGGCACGCACUACACACACCCGUACGCCAACUCCGCCGUCACCGCCACGACAUCGCAACUUGCCCUUCCCGACGCAGUCCCAGCCAUCGGCCUGCCGUCUACAAUGCCGGCAUCAUCGUCCGCAGCUGGCGACAAGGACACGAUGAUCACUGUAAAUUCGAAAUCAAUAUCAUCGCCGAAUGCGAAAAGCGCAGAGGCAGAUGCGGGGGAGGGCUAUAGUUGGCUUACGGGGGAGGCAUAAAUUAGUCUCAUCCAUACAUCCUUGUUUUCGUAUCGUUUUCUCUUUGUUUUUUAUGAUGUAUUCUCGUUUUGCUUGAUUUUGGUGUUGCGGGCCGCACUCUUGUUUUUUUUAUUACUUUUAUCGUGU